AUGGGGCUCUGUCUGGACACCGCAGAUGUCGGUCGCAUAGUGGCACUUGAUGAGGCCCAUAAAAUGAGCUUUGUUCCACAUACACUAGCGCUUCCCGCUGAUAAUUUGAAGGAUAUGGAUAGUUCUGUUGAGGCACGGUCUUUCACGGAAUCUCUUCUCUCUAUUGUGAGACUCCAGCGCCAUCUUGGAAUACGUAUCGUUAUUUCAACUCAGGAACCGACGAUAUCGGCCGCACUUCUUGGUCUCCGCUCCGUCACCAUUGUCCAUCGAUUUUCAUCCCCGAUAUGGCUUCACGUUUUGAAGCACCAUAUCGCGGGUGUUGUAAUAGGCGGAGACAUCUCAGGAGAGUCCACUACCAGCACAGGAUGCCAGCCUCUUUUGGAUCGAUCGCUAUUUGACAGAAUAGUUCGUCUUCGAGUGGGUGAGGUAUUGCUUUUCUCCCCAAGUGCAGUGAUCGGAACUAUUGCUUCGGAAAGCUGCAUGAAAGAGAUAGUUCAAAAGCUGGGACCUGGCUAUCUUGAAGUGAAAAUGCGAAGUCGGCUCACUGAAUAUGGUAAGAAAAGUGUUGUCUCCUCUUGA